AUGGCUCUCAAAAAUGUUGGCAUUAAGGCUAUGGAUAUCUACUUUCCCAGUAGAUACGUGGCUCAAUCGGACUUGGAAAAGUACCUUGGCGCCAGUACAGGAAAGUACACAAUUGGUCUUGGACAAACAAACAUGAGCUUCUGCGAUGACCGCGAAGGCAAGUUUUCUAUCCCAAAUGUAUACUCCCUCGCCCUUACAGCCGUCUCCUCCCUUCUCCAAAAGUACAACAUCGACACGAAUUCAAUUGGGCGCUUAGAAGUUGGAACUGAAUCCAUGCUUGACAAGUCAAAGUCUUGCAAAUCCGUCUUAAUGCAACUCUUCGGUUCCAACACCGACAUCGAGGGCGCAGAUACUUACAAUGCAUGCUACGGCGGUACAAGCGCGCUUCUCAAUGCCGUGAACUGGGUCGAGUCCUCUGCCUGGGAUGGAAGAGACGCUAUCGUCGUUGCUUCUGACAUUGCUAUCUACGAUCAGGUUUCUUCACGUCCAACCGGUGGAGCGGGGUGCGUUGCCAUGCUAGUUGGAGCCGAUGCACCGCUUGUCCUAGAGCCUUUGAGGGCAUCGUACAUGCAGCAUACAUAUGACUUCUACAAGGCAAAUCUCAAGUCCGAGUACCCGAUUGUGGAUGGACAUUACUCCUCGACAUGCUACAUAAGAGCGUUAGAUGGCUGCUACAGACGAUAUCACAGCAAAAUGGCCAGCAGGGAAGAUCCGAACGAGGCGAGUACCAACUCGAGAAGUUCUUCGCCCAUCGUUGAGUUCGAUUACUUUGUCUUUCAUGCUCCGAAUUGCAAGCUGGUCGCGAAGUCUUACGGCCGACUUCUUUACAAUGAUUUCGUCGCUGACCCAAGUAAUCCUUUGUUUGAUUCACAUGCCAUCCCAUCUGCCAUCAGAGAGCAAAGCUACGAAGAAUCGCUAACCAACAAGGAGACCGAGAAGUUAUUCAUGGGUUUAACGUCUGAAAGUUUCGCCCAACGCGUCAAACCAAGCCUCACAGCACCGACAAACUGCGGCAACAUGUACACAGCAGGUGUAUAUUCAGGACUAAUCAGUCUACUCAGCAACACAAAAAGCUCAGACCUAUUGAAUAGACGAAUAGGCAUUUACAGCUUCGGCAGCGGUCUCGCAAGCACACUGUUCACUUUACGCGUAGUCGGAGAUACCAAUAACAUAGCGACAAAAAUUGAUCUACUUGAUCGUCUCGCCCGACGGGAGAAAGUAUCCCCCGAAUUCUACAACGAGAUGUGUGUUUUGCGUGAACAGGCAUACCAGCAGAAGAACUACACGCCCGAGGGAAAUCUCUACACGCUUACACGCGGGACAUAUUAUCUCACGCAUGUGGAUGAACAAUUUCGACGCACGUACGCCAUCAAAGAUUAA